CGUGCGAAAUACGGAGGUGCUGCACUCGAGCACCUCGCGAGAGUCGUUAGCGAGCGCAACCCAUAUGCUGCAAAACACACCCACAAGACGAAGGCCUGGAAAGACAUCCAUGAAGCUAUGAAAAAGCAAGGUUACUUCCGAAACACUUCGUAUGCAGGUGUCCGCAACAAGAUGACACAGCUUCUCAAGUAUCAAGAUGACCCAGACUCGGUUCCCAGCAUUAAUAGCACACUGUCCCAGUCACAGAAGACUGUCCUUGCGGCACUUUUAGAUAGGAUCUCCGAAAAUCAGAGAUCUGCCGCUAUGCAGAAUGAUGAACAGAAGGACACCAAGAGGAAGGCAACUGAAGCCGAUCGAGUAGGUGGCGAGGUGAUACGAACACAAGCUACUCGCAACGCUCGCAAGCAGAAGCUUGCUGAUGUCAAUAUUGACUCUGACAACAACUCUGACAAGGAGAAUAUCUCUCCUUAUUGUGUGCCCGUACAGCUGUCUCCACCUGGUGCUCCCACUACUAAGCGCAUCCGUCGCGAGAAAAUGGGCACUGAAUGGCAAUCGGUCCUUGAUGUUAUCAAGCAUGGUGAGGAGAUACGAAGCAAGCAAAAUGAUGCUGUCAUCGAGGAAAUGAAGGCUUGUACUGCUGUUCUCGAG